AUGACUACCAGGUAUCGCGUUGAGUAUGCGCUGAAGUCCCAUCGCCGCGACCAACUGAUCGAAUGGAUCAAAGGUCUUCUCGCCGUCCCCUUCGUCCUACACUCCCAGCCUACCGUUAUCUACCAGGAAGAUAGCGAGAAUCUGGUCGCCGUCGCUGCUGAUACUCACCAACGCUAUGCCGAGAUCUUUCGCGACGUGGAGAGUCUGAUUCGCGAUCAUAUUGACCACGAAGCCAAAGACCUCCCCGGCAAAUCCAAACUGAAACUCCUCGUUCCCACCGUCGGCUCCUUCUUCACGCCCCUACACCUCGAAGAUGCAUUCAAAUACCAGGACCGCCUGCGGUCAAUCAGCCGUCGCCGCUUCGUUGCCCCCUCCUUCAACGACAUCCGCCUGAUCCUAAACUCCGCACAACUCCUCGGCCUUGUCCGCAGCUCACACGUCGAUCUCGUCACCUUUGACGGAGACGUCACCCUCUACGACGACGGCGCCUGCCUCACAUCCGACAACCCCUCCAUCCCGCGCCUCCUGCGCCUCCUCCGCCAGGGCCGCAAAGUCGGCAUUGUCACCGCGGCCGGAUACACCGAGGCGGAAAAAUACUACGCGCGCCUGAAGGGCCUCCUGGACGCUGUGCACGACAAGGCGAGCAACCUCACCCCCGACCAGCGCGCCGGGCUGGUCGUCAUGGGAGGCGAGAGUAACUUCUUGUUCCGCUACGACGCCGCCUCGCCGCAUCGCUUGUCCUACGUGCCCCGCGACCAGUGGCUUCUUCCCGAGAUGACCACCUGGCAGGACUCGGACAUCACGGCGCUCUUGGACCUGGCGGAGUCAUCGCUGCGCGCGUGUGUUAGCAAUCUGGGCCUCCCGGUGACGGUGCUGAGGAAGGAUCGCGCGGUCGGCGUGAGCCCGGUGAACGGGACGAGGGUCAAUCGCGAGCAGCUGGAGGAGACGGUUCUGGUGGUGCAGAAUACGAUUGAGCGGUCGGCAGUUGGUGGCCGGUUGCCGUUUUGUGCUUUUAAUGGUGGAAAUGACGUCUUUGUCGACAUCGGUGAUAAAUCCUGGGGUGUGCGCGCCUGCCAGCAGUACUUUGGUGGCAUUGAACGAACCCGCACGUUGCAUGUCGGCGACCAGUUCUUGUCUGCGGGCGCGAAUGAUUUCAAGGCUCGCCUGGCGUCUACGACGGCUUGGAUCGCCGGUCCCGCCGAGACAGUACAGCUUUUGGAUGAGUUGAAUCUGGUAGAGGAGACUCACUAA